AUGUCGUCCGCUCUCGUCUCCGCCGACGACGCUCUCGAGCCUACGCUCCAGUCCCUCCUCGACCAGCGCUCGCUCCGUUGGAUCUUCGUCGGCGGCAAAGGCGGCGUCGGCAAGACGACGACCUCGUGCUCGCUCGCCAUCCAGCUCGCCCGCGUCCGCCGCUCCGUCCUCCUCAUCAGCACCGACCCGGCGCACAAUCUCUCCGAUGCCUUUUCCCAAAAGUUUGGCAAGGAGGCCCGCCUCGUCAACGGCUUCGACAACCUCAGCGCCAUGGAGAUUGAUCCCAACGGCAGCAUGCAGGACCUGCUCGCCGGCCAGCCCGAGGCCUCGGACGACAUGAACGCCAUGGCCGGCGGCAUCGGAGGCAUGAUGCAGGAUCUCGCCUUUGCCAUCCCCGGCAUCGACGAGGCCAUGUCGUUUGCCGAGGUCCUCAAGCAGGUCAAGUCCCUCUCGUACGAGACCAUCGUCUUCGACACGGCGCCCACCGGCCACACGCUGCGCUUCCUGCAGUUCCCCUCGGUGCUCGAAAAGGCCCUCGCCAAGGUCUCCCAGCUCUCGUCCCAGUACGGCCCCCUCCUCAACGGCUUCCUCGGCUCCAACGGCGCGCUGCCCAACGGCCAGAACCUCAACGAGAUGAUGGAGAAGCUCGAGUCCCUGCGCGAGACCAUCGCCGAGGUCAACACCCAGUUCAAGGACGCCGAGCUCACCACCUUUGUCUGCGUCUGCAUCGCCGAGUUCCUCUCCCUGUACGAGACGGAGCGCAUGAUCCAGGAGCUGACGAGCUACGGCAUCGACACCCACUGCAUCGUCGUCAACCAGCUCCUGUUCCCCAAGAAGUCCAGCGACUGCGACCAGUGCAACGCCCGCCGCAAGAUGCAGAGAAAGUACCUCGACCAGUACGAGGAGCUGUACGCCGAGGACUUUAACGUCGUCAAGAUGCCCUUGCUGGUCGAGGAGGUCCGCGGCAAGGAAAAGUUGGAAAAGUUCAGCGGCAUGCUGGUCGAGCAGUACGUGCCGCCCGAGUAG